UGGAGCAGCGCAGGGAGCAGCGGGAGUCCAGCCGGAGGGUUUUCACCAGGUGAUGCUGUCCAGACCCGAGCGACCAGCGGAUCCGUGAAACACGAAUGGAUCCCUAUUUCAGACGGAGCUGGAGAAGGCUGUUUCACUUAUUACCUGUCUAUUUUAUCCUAAUUUAUCAAGCGCAUCUUUCCUGGAGUGUUGAGAGAGUGAACGUUUCGAACUCGGAUGAAUUUAAUAACGGGAGCAGCAGGAUAAAGCAGCAGAAAUGGGAUACCGCUUCCCAGGGAGGGCAGGACCUCCAGGCAGCAGCUGCUGCAUUAGAAGCCAACACAUCUGCCUCCAGGCAUUCACUGGUCAGUCGGACUGCUGCAUCCAACCCGACGUCCAACCUGAUGUCCUUCAAGACAGACAGGACACCAAACGCCUCAUGGAACCUCAGCUCUGACCAAUCCUCUCUAAUCAUAGGAUCAUCUAGUCAAGCACCAUCAAGAACAAUGUCCUCCAGUCAUUCACCAGCAUCAACCAGCCAAUCACCAACAACUACAACAUCAACCAGCCAAUCACCAACUACUACAACAUCAACCAGCCAAUCACCAACUACUACAACAUCAACCGACCACUCACCAACUACUACAACACUAACCAGCCAAUCACCAACAACUACAACAUCAACCAGCCAAUCACCAGAUACUAAAACAUCAACCAGCCAAUCACCAACUACUACAACAUCAACCAGCCAAUCACCAACUACUACAACAUCAACCAGCCACUCACCAACUACUACAACAUCAACCAAAUCACCAACUACUACAACAUCAACCGACCACUCACCAACUACUACAACACUAACCAGCCAAUCACCAACAACUACAACAUCAACCAGCCAAUCACCAGAUACUAAAACAUCAACCAGCCAAUCACCAACUACUACAACAUCAACCAGCCAAUCACCAACUACUACAGCAUCAACCAGCCAAUCACCAACUACUACAACAUCAACCCACCGCUCACCAACUACUACAACAUCAACCAGCCAAUCACCAGAUACUAAAACAUCAACCAGCCAAUCACCAGAUACUAAAACAUCAACCAGCCACUCACCAACUACUACAACACAAACCAGCCAAUCACCAACUACUACAAUACAAACCAGCCAAUCACCAACUACUAAAACAUCAACCAGCCAAUCACCAACUACUACAACACAAACAAGCCAAUCACCAACUACUACAAAAUCAACCAGCCAAUCACCAACUACUACAACAUCAACCAGCCAAUCACCAACUACUACAAUACAAACCAGCCAAUCACCAACUACUAAAACAUCAACAAGCCAAUCACCAACUACUAAAACAUCAACCAGCCAAUCACCAGCUACUACGACACAAACCAGCCAAUCACCAACUACUACAACACAAACCAGCCAAUCACCAACAACUACAACAUCAACCAGCCAAUCAACAGCUACUAAAACAUCAACAAGCCAAUCACCAACUACUACAACACAAACCAGCCAAUCACCAACUACUACAUCAACCAGCGAAUCACCAACUACUACAACACAAACCAGCCAAUCACCAACUACUACAACACAAACCAGCCAAUCACCAACGACUACAACAUCAACCAGCCAGUCAACAGCUACUAAAACAUCAACUAGCCAAUCACCAACUACCACAACACAAACCAGCCCAUCUGCAAGAACAACCACGGCACCAUCCAGCCAAUCAACAACCACAAUACCAGCUAACCAAUCUUCAGGCAGCACAACUGCAGCAAGCCAAUCAGCAAAGAGCACAGCAUCAGUCAAAAAAACAUCAGGUAGCACCAAAACACCAACCAGCCAAUCAUCAACAAAAAAGUCCUCACCUGGCCACUCACCAGUCAAUAAAAGCCGAACUAAUGUCUCAUCUGACCAUUCAACCGGCAGUCAUACAAAAUCUAACCAAUCACCACCAAACCAUGCACCCCUCAGCCAAUCAGUAACAGUCUCCAAAGCAUCAAAUCAGUCCUCACUAAUACCAGCUAGACAAUCUAUCAACAGCAACAUGUCACACCCCAAAUCCUACAGCUUAACAUCUAACAACCAACCACUGUCAAAUCCAACAACUUCUGACCAAUCCCAGUCGUCCUCUGGUUCAGCAUCACCAGGAAAUGCUGCCGGUGAGGCUUUGUCACAAGACGAGCGUCCACUUAACAUCUCGCUGCUCACCAGGCAGGCAAAGGAAGCCCUGAGGUCAUCGUUUCGUAGGAUGCCAGGGGAGCCUUGUUUGUCGCCCUGUCUGAACGGGGGACAGUGCAUUCAGUCCGAGUCGUGUGACUGCAGCUUGUAUCAGGCCACUGGACACAGAUGUCAGACAGUACCAAACCCCGGCUUUGAGAGGGAGAUGACGUGUCGAUCGUGGGGUCAGUACAACUUGGAGACCUUCGACGGCCUCUACUACCACUUCCCCGGCCGAUGUACGUACACUUUACUGCGGGACUGUGAGGAAACCACUCAGGCCAGCAUCGUCGUCCAGGUCCACAAUGACCCCAACUGUAGCUCCGCCCCCUACACCUGCCAACGAUCCGUCAGCCUCUUCCUGCCGUGGGAAGGCGAGGUCCGACUUCACGCCACCAACGUCACCUUCAAAGGCCAAAGUUUGCAGCUGCCUCAUCACAUCCAUGACCUGCAGCUGGAGCAGAUCUCUCAGUAUGUGCUGGUAACGCAGCAGCACGGCUUCACGCUGGCCUGGGACGGAGGCAGUGGCUCCGUUUAUAUCAAACUCAGCCCGGAGUUUGUUGGCAGGACCUGUGGCCUGUGUGGUAACUUCAAUGCCGACGUCCAGGACGACCUGAAGACGAGCUACGGUGUGCUGACCCAUGAUAUAGAAAUGUUUGUGAAUAGCUGGGUGGAGACGGAGCCGCACCAGGAAAGAUGUCCCAUGGUUCCUUCUGGCUUCCCUUCGCCUUGUGCUGCAGUCGAUGCUCCUGUCCUGCUGAAAGUGGAGGAGGUGUGUUCGAUGCUGCUGGAUCCACCUUUUCAGAGCUGCCACGACUUUGUCAGCCCGUUGUCGUACAUGGCCAGCUGCUCCAACGACCUCUGCAUGUCGGGUCCCAGCGGCGAUGUGGUAUGCCAGGUGUUCAGUGAGUACGCCCGGGCCUGUGCCCACGCUGACCACCCACUGCACGACUGGAGGCAGCACAUUCCUCAGUGUGUGAAGCAGUGUCCUCUUGGACUACAGUACAGGGAAUGCAUCAGCUGCUGCCCGGCCUCCUGCAACCUGGAGCGAACGUGCAUCGACAGUAAGCUGGCCUGUCUGGAUGGAUGCUACUGUCCUGAAGGUCUGAUCUAUGAGGACGGAGGUUGCGUGACGCCCUCCGACUGCCCCUGCGAGUACCACGGCAUGUUUUAUCCAUCUGGACAGACUCUGCAGGAGGAAUGCAACAACUGCACGUGCGUGGGUGGAGUGUGGAACUGCACCGACUACAGCUGCCCAGGCGAGUGCUCGGUGACGGGCGAUAUGUAUUUUCAGUCCUUUGACGGCCGGGUCUACACCUUCCCUGCAACCUGUCAGUACGUCUUGGCCAAAAGUCGCAACUCGGGAAAGUUCACCAUCACCAUCCAGAACACCCCCUGUGGAGCUAAUUUGGACGGGGCCUGCAUCCAAUCAGUUAACCUGGUUAUUGACGAGGAUCCAAGAACGGAGAUUACACUGAGUCACGUGGGAGAGGUCUUCAUGGCCGGACAGUACCGCAUCUCGCUGCCCUAUUCUGACGACCUCUUCCACAUCCAGGCGCUGUCGUCCAUGUUCCUCCAGGUGAGGACGGCGUUCGGCCUGCGUCUCCAGUACAGCUGGACGGAGUUCCGCCUCUACCUGCAGGCCGACGAGCUGUGGAAGGACGACACCGUGGGGCUGUGCGGCACCUUCAACGGCAACAUCCAAGAUGACUUCCUGUCUCCAUCAGGUAUGAUAGAAAGCACUCCUCAGCUCUUUGGAAACGCCUGGAGGAUCUCGUCGGCGUGUUCGUCCAGCCUGAGUCCGCCUCAGCUCGACCCGUGUGACGCGCACCAGCAGGCCGUGACCUACGCCUCAGAGAUGUGUGACGUCCUGAACCGGGACCUGUUCGCCCCCUGUCACGAGUACCUGAGUCCGACGCCCUUCCACCAGCAGUGCCGCUCGGACACCUGUAAGUGUGGGGCGCCCUGCCUCUGCUCGGCGCUCGCCCACUACGCUCGACACUGCCGCCGAUUCUCCAUCAUCAUCGACUUCAGGUCCCAUGUUCCCGACUGUGCCGUCCCCUGUCCCGCCACCAUGCAGUACGGCACCUGUGUGUCCUCCUGCCAGCGCCGCUGCUCCUCCCUGUCCGUCCCGCAGCCCUGUGGGGAGGAGUGCGAGGAGGGCUGCGUCUGCCCCCCGGGGUCCUACUACAACCAGCGAACACACACCUGCGUGCACAGGAGCGAGUGUCCCUGCAGUUUCCUGGGAGCCGAUUACGAACCGGGAGAUGUGAUCAUGACGUCAGCAGGUGUUCAGCUCUGUCUGAAUGGUAAACUAGUGUCCCAAACCAUAGAAACUGACAGACUGUGUCCACCUGGUCAGCUGUACCAGAACUGCUCAGAGGGGGAGGACGGCCUCCUGCCAGGAAGGGGCGUGGCCUGUGAGCACACCUGUGAGUCCUUCCUGCUCAACCUCACCUGCUCAGCACACGAGCCAUGUGUGGCCGGAUGUACCUGCCCUCCAGGUCUGCUGAAACAUGGAGACGAGUGCUUCGAACCUGCAGCCUGCCCCUGUCUGUGGAAAGGGAAAGAGUAUUUCCCCGGCGACAGAGUUUCCUCUCCCUGCCACCAGUGCGUUUGCCAGCACGGGACGUUUCAGUGCGUGUUCCGUCCGUGUCCGUCCAUGUGCACGGCUUACGGCGACCGCCACUACCGGACGUUUGAUGGACUCCUGUUUGACUACGUCGGUGCAUGCAAAGUCUACCUGGUGAAGAGCAGCACUGAUGUGAUGCUCAGCGUUACAGCGGAGAACGUCGACUGCUUCGACAGCGGAGUCAUCUGCAGGAAAUCUCUCCUCAUCAACAUCGGGAGAUCCUUCGUGGCGUUUGACGACGACACGGGGAAACCAAAUCCGUCCAGUGUGAUUGACAGGAAGCAGAGGAUGUUCAUCUGGCCAGCUGGAUACUUCACGGUCAUUCAUUUCCCAGACGAGGACAUCACCGUCCUCUGGGACCGUAAGACCACCGUCCACAUCCAGGCUGGUCCUCGCUGGCAGGGGAAGUUGAGUGGACUUUGUGGAAACUUCGACCUGAAGACAGUGAACGAGAUGCGGACGCCCGACAACAUCGACUCCUCGACACCACAGGAGUUUGGAAACAGCUGGACGGCAACAGAGUGUGUGAACAGUCCAGACAUCAGACACCCCUGCAGCCUCAGUCCUCUCAGAGAGCCUUUUGCAAAGCGUCAAUGUGCCGUGUUGCUCAGCGAGGUCUUCCAGACCUGCCACCCAGUGGUGGACGUCACCUGGUUCUACAUGAACUGUCUGGCGGACACGUGCGCCUGCAACCGCGGAGGCGACUGUGAGUGUUUCUGCACCAGCGUGGCGGCGUACGCUCAGCGCUGCUGCCACCAGGGCGUUCCUGUCGACUGGCGCUCGCCAUCUCUGUGCCCGUAUGAUUGCGAGUUUUACAACAAAGUUCUGGGUAAAGGUCCCUUCAGGCUCUUUUCCUUCAGGGAUCGGACGUCAGCGCUGGCAGCCAGCAGCUCCAGCGGCUCGGUGUUUCUGCAGCGCGUCAACGGAAGCUCUCCCGCCGUCCUCUCACAGUUCAUGAUGACUCCCGGCCUCAGCAGAGCUCGACCGCACGACACGUCGCGGGUUUCCUUUGAGGCGGCCCACAGGCCGAACUACUUCCUGUACGUGAGCCCCAGCGGACAGGUGAGGAUGGCCAAGUGGGAGGAGAGCGAAGCGUUCUGGGACGGAGCCACCUUCGUCCUCCACAGGAACACCUGGACCCCGGGCUACGACUCGCUCGAGUCCCAGAUGAAGCCCGGCUUCUUCCUGCACGCCACGCUGUCCCGUCUCUUCCUGCUCAAAUACAGACACACUGACAGUUUCCGCAAGGCCACGCUGUUCAGACUGACAGGCCCCGGCCCGGACGCCCCACCGGGUCCUCGGUGUCAGUGGAGGUACGAAGCCUGCGUCAGCCCCUGCUUCAAGACCUGCAGCGACCCCACGGCUGAAGCCUGCGCCACCAUCCCACAAGUGGAGGGCUGCCUUCCUGUCUGCCCCACACACAUGGUCCUGGAUGAAGUCACUCGUCGAUGUGUCUUUGUUGAAGACUGUGUUAAAGUUCCAGCUGUUGUGGUGCCUGUAACAACUCCAUUAACCCCUCCAGCUGCCACUUCUGCAACCACCACGACCGCGGCUGCCUCCACCACUCCACUCCAGACCACCACCUCCACCAUCUCAACCAUCUCCACCAUCUCCACCACCUCCACUCCUCCUACAGAUAAAGUCACCACCACUGUCCCUGCCGUGGACGUACAGACCACCUCGUCCAUGGCGCCUCCUGCUCCAGAUGAGACGACUCGACCAGUCACGACUGCAGAACCCUCCUAUCCUCCACCGGUGCCCCCAGCUGUGAGGCCAGAGGUGGUGGAGCCACCGACCACCGUCAGCGCGACAGAAGCUCCGCUCACCACUGUAAAAGAUACAACAACAACGACAACAACGGGUCCACCGAGCUUCACCAUCAGCCAAUUUGGUCGCAGCACAUCCAAAACGAGCACCGCCCCCUUUGCCAUCACGGCUCUGUUCUGGCUCACCUCCUCCACCGAGUCUCUGAGGCCACUCUUCACCACCACAACUACAACACCGACUACGACCACUGUUGAGGGCACAACCACAAUGAGAACUACGACUGUGAUGGUUCCUACCAGAGAAACCACGGAGGCUACAACACAUUUACCAGCGGUUGUGACAACUUCCAGUCCAACUCCGUCUCCUUCUCCGGUUUCAGAGACUUCUGCUCUUACAGACAAGACCACUGUUCAUAGUACAGCUACGACUGCGUAUACGGGCACCAGCACAAAGCCUGUAACAGUGGAGAGAACAACUACAACAACACUAAUCCCUCCUGGUUUACCAAGCACAGCUUCAACAACAGCUGCACCCUUCCCAACAUCUCCUCCUGUGGAAACAAUAACUGUAUCUUUGCCAAAAGUCACUUCGGUGAAGACUACAGAAUCAGUCACACCAGUGUCUCCUUUCACUACCAUUAAAACAACGACGCACAUGCGCCCAGACACACCAUCCGUUUCCACAGAAAGCAUUUUACACACAGUCUCUACUGACUUGACAACUUCUUCAGCAACUGUUCCUGAGUUAACCACGACAAGUCUCGUCUCUUCUACAACGACCUCAUCUGCACCAUCUACUUCCACCUCAGCUGCUACAGACUGGGGAACCACAACAAAGAAAGUGACCACGUCUGCAAUAUCUAAAAUACCAACAACAACAACAACCACAACAACAACACCGUCAGAGAUUCUAGACACCACAACAUCUCCUGUUUCCACAACUUAUACUGAGAGAACGUCCUGGUCUGCAGCUAUCCCAGUAACGGAGAGAACCACGACUACAACCGUAACUUCAAGACCUCCAGAGGUCCCAGAGACAUCAACAGCUCCUUUAGUCACAACAAAAACAACUGUACCAUCAGUGUCUCUUACAGAAACCACUGCUGCACCACCGCCAACAACGGAGAGCUCAACCUCUACGGAGCGAACCUCCGAGCCGUGGCGUCCACCCCAUCGGGAGACUACCUCCACCCCAGUCUACAGACCCACAAUGGAGACCACACCAGAGGUCACGUCUGAAUCUGUCAUCCAUGUGACCACUUCCACUAAAACUACAGAAGCACCACGACUUCCAGUCACAUCGAAGCCCACCCUCACCUCUGCAACGUCAGCUGCUGCCACGACCACCACCACCACCCAAACUACAACACCUUCUGAAAUCUCAACUGCAGAAGUUGUAGCCACCACAACCAGAAAACUGGCGACACCUCCACCUUCACCUGUGCCUGGUACUCCUGAGACACCUCUCACCACGUCGCCUACAAGAGCGCCACCCUCUGUUAUUACCACCACGCUCAGACCUGUCGUCAUUCAGCCGAUUGCAGAGACGACACAUCCGGCGACCGGCCGAGUGCAGGUGUCAACGACAGCUACAACCUUGUCUCCUCCAUCUUGGUCUCCGUCCAACGUGACUACGUCUACAGCACCUCCGAGGCCGACGACUAUCCCGGACAAAGUCACCACCCGGCUGGUGUCCACUUCAAGAGCUACACCCUCUACGACAACCACUGCCUACUCACAGACGACCACUCUUAGAACGACGCCCAGAGUUCCCGUGACAACAAGAGUUACGCCCAGAAUAACCUCCACCGAGAGGCCACCAGUAAGGCCAGUCACUGCCAGGGUUACCAUAACAACAAGGCCUCCAGAAGUGACCACCAGAUCAACCACUAUCGGGCCUCCUACUGUCGCCCCAAGUCCUGGUACAACAACCGUGUCAGGAGUGACUUCCACAACCGUCUCUGCCGACACUGUUGAUACAGCGAGCACAACCGAACGCACCGUCACAACCGCUGCAACUCCCGUGCCGACCACCACUACGGCCUCGGUGCCCGUUCCCACCCUGACAACAGUCACUGCAUCCACAGCAGUCCCCACACCAACCACAUCUGGGAGGACAAGCAAAGAGCCUGACGUGUCACCAUCCCAACCGGUGACGACCUCCACCCGGAAGCCCUACAUCCCCACUCCCGCUACAACUUCGCCCCCAUCUGCCACAACAACGCAAACAACCGUCAGAGUCGAUCACACCAGUCCAGAACCAACAACAGUGACUCCAAGACCAACAUCUCCUCACACACCAGUGGAAACAACCCGCCACACACCAGAGGGAACGACAACUGUGGCUGUAUCACCGACAAGGAUGUGCACUCCUCCUUAUGCAGAGAUCGUCGACGAAUGCACAAAGUACAUCUGCGUCAACAACCAGCUAAUCCUGUUCAACAAAUCCCAAAGCUGCCCUUUUACAGCCGAGCCUCCCAACUGUGGCCUGCUUGGUUUUGCUGUACUGGUCAACGGAGAUAAGUGCUGCCCUAAGUGGGACUGUCCAUGUCGGUGCUCUGUAUUUCCUGAUCUGAACGUGAUUACAUUUGAUGGGAACAGCGUUGCCAUCUACAAGGCCGCCUCGUACAUAGUGACCCAGCUGCCUAAUGAGACCGUCAGCGUCCUGGUUCAGGAGUGUCCCGCUGACUCUGAGUCCCCACUCAUCUGGAAUUUCACCAACCUGUGUCUGGUUGCACUCAACAUCACCCACAACUCCAACCACAUCAUCAUCAACAGGCUGCAGAGGAGACUCUACGUCAACUCUCGUUACGCUAGACCUCGAUUCAAAAAGUAUGGCUUCGAGAUCUACGACACGGGCAACAUGUACCUGAUCCGGAGCCCCACCGGCCUCAAACUGCAGUGGUACCACAGCACCGGCAUGAUGGUGAUCGACACCGACAGCUCCAGCAACAAGCUUCCCACCAUGGGCCUCUGUGGCUUCUGUGAUGGAGACCCGUCCAACGACCUGACCUUGGCGAACGGCACCAUAGUGGGCGUGAGUGAGGACCCGGUUCUGUUCAUCGACAGCUGGCAGGUUCCCAACACCACCAGCUACAUCAGCCACAGCCGCCGCCGCGAGCUCAACUGCUCCACCAGCGACUGCUCCAGCUGCCUGGCCAUGCUGGAGAAACACGCCUUCACGCCCUGCCACAACUUUGUCCCACCGAGCACGUUUUGUGAGGUUUGGGUCCGAGAUGCAGAGUACGUCAACAACCAGUGUGUGGCGCUGGCUGCUUAUGUGGCUUCAUGCCACAAGUUCAACAUCUGCAUUGAGUGGAGGAGUCCAGAUUACUGCCCCUUCGCGUGUCCCGACCCUCUGAGGUAUCAGGCCUGUCUGCCGCCCUGCAGAUCUCAGUCCUGCCCCAACCACGACUUUGAUUCGGACCCGGACCAGUGUUCAGGCCUCACCGAGGGCUGCGUCUGCCCCGAGGGAACGCUCCUACACCGGCCAUACUCCGCUCUCUGCAUCCCUCCGGACAAAUGCGCCUGCACCGACAGCGGCGGCGUUCCUCGUGCACACGGUGAAGUCUGGAAAGGCUCGAAGGACGCCUGCUGCAUGUACCGCUGCGACAACGACACCAUCGUGCCCGUGGAGUACAACUGCUCCAGCGUGGCGUCGCCCGUGUGCCGACGGGCCGGAGAGAUGAUCAUCAGCCUGGCGGACGACACCAGCUGCUGCCCGCACAAAGUCUGCGUGUGUAACCAGAGUCUGUGUGACCAGCUGCCUCCUGAGUGUAAAUAUGGGGAGAAGCUGGUUUCGUACUACAGACUGGACUCCUGCUGUCCAGACUAUGUUUGUGAGUGUGAUCCUGAGCUCUGCGAGUCGGACGUCCCGAGCUGCAGAGACGAUCAGACCCUGAUCGCCACCAGAGCCGACGGCAGCUGCUGCCUGGCCCACAUCUGCAUGUGCUCCUCUUGUCCUGAGACGCCUCCCGUCUGCCAGGACGGAGAGAUUCUGACUGUGGACGGAAACACCACGGAGCGCUGCUGUCCCUCCUACCAGUGUGUGUGUGAGCCCUACAGGUGUCCUCAGCUCACUUGUCCCGUUGGGAUGUCCGUGGUUUCCGUGUCCAGUCCGAGUCGCUGCUGCCCGAACAAAACAUGCGAGUGUUCCUGUGAGAAGAUCGCUUCCCCAAAAUGUGGCCUGGGGGAGGCCGCCCAGCUGGACCGGGCCUUCCUGUCCGACCCACAGAACCAGUGCGCCUGCAAAAGAUACAAGUGUGUGCGCGAGGCGGUGUGUUUGUUUGGAGACCGCGGCGUCCUGCGUCCUGGUCAGACUCUGGUGGAGCAUGGAGACGACGGCUUGUGUCACAGCAGACAGUGCAGCCGCAGCCUGGACCCGGCCAGCGGCUUCCACCUGCUACGCACCUCCAGCAUCAACUGCUCCGCCCACUGCCAGCAGAACCAGAUCUACGUUCCUCCCAAAGACCAGUCCACAUGUUGUGGAGUCUGCAGGAACAUUUCCUGCCUCUAUGAACACGACAACGGGACGGUUGGUCUCUAUAAGCCAGGAAGGUCCUGGGUGUCUGACUGCAUGAAGUUCGACUGUGCAGAUACUUUGUCGGGACCCACGCUCAUCUCCUACUCCUUCAGCUGCCCCCCCUUCAACGAAACCGAGUGUAUGAAGAUCGGUGGAACAGUCGUAAGUUACAUGGACGGAUGCUGCAAGACAUGUAAGGAAGACGGAAAGUCGUGUCAGAAGGUGACGGUGAGGAUGACGAUCAGGAAGAGCGACUGUCGCAGCAACAGGCCGGUGAACAUCGUGUCAUGUGACGGGAAGUGUCCGUCCGCCAGCAUCUACAACUACAACAUCAACACGUACGCUCGCUUCUGCAAGUGCUGCAGGGAGACGGGGCUGCAGAGACGCUCCGUGCAGCUCUACUGCAGCGGCAACGCAACCUGGGUCAGCUACACCAUCCAGGAGCCCACCGACUGCUCCUGCCAGUGGUCCUGAACACAAACACACACCAGCUACACACUCGCACACAGACACACACACACACACACACACAGAGACGGAGACAGAGACAUGGUGUUGGGAUCUGAAUGACUUAGACUGAUAAUAGAGAGAUUAAUGGAGGGAUACUGAGCUGUGAUUAACAGGAGUGGUGCAGGAUGUUAAAGGCUGGCAGUGAAUUAUCUCUCAGUGAGAUGUUCUGGUGCCUCUGCUGGCAGGGAGGUGGUACUGCAGAGCAGAUUUUGUUUUUUUUGUUUUUUUGUUUUUCUCUCGGGCAAACAGCUGCAAAACCUGCAGGACCUUUAAGGCGACAUUUGACCUCUGAUAUUUACUUUCCCGGCCCAGAGAAGGGUGAUGACAAACAGACUAGACCUCUUCUGUUACUGAUGAAAAGUUUUGGUCCUUAAUAAAAGUACAUUUUUUGUGGUUGUUCCCUUAAACAAUAGAUGAUGUUCAUGCAAAACCGUAAACAUUCGUCCCUAAAAGUUUAAGUAAUGAUAAACCAAUACGUUCUUAAGUCUUAUUUAUUUUUAAUGCAAAAGUCUAAUCUAAAAAGUGCUGAGCUAAAAAUGAUAGUAGAUGUGCAAGCGUUUAAAAAUCUUAAAACCUCCUGAGACCUGAGCUUUUAUGUGCCAUGCAUUUUUAAUUUCUCCACAGUAUUUGGGAUCAGUACAAUAUAUAAAAACUGAGCAUCAUCUUUGAACAGGAAGUAGUAGUUUUUGAAAAAACUGAAUGUCCUCAUACGUGGACACUGGGAUUAAAGUCACCCAAUGUGUGACAGAAUAUAAAACUGUUUAUUUUAAUACCUGAACAUGGCUGAAUAAAGACAACAUUGCAAAAAAUGAAGUCCCAACGUCCUCAAACAAGUACUUGCCAAUUAGCAGCAAUUGCUAAUUUGUUAAAUUUGUACAUCAUAUCAAACUAGAAACGUUAAUUAGCAUAAAUAAGUAAGUUUUAUCCUUUGCUACCACUAAAUGGCAGACUUAAGCGUCCACUAAUGAGGUGGGGUUUAAAUGAAGCAGAAUAAGCUGUGAUAAAAGCUAAAACUUAACGUCCCCAUAUGAGGACGCACGGUCUCAGGAGGUUAAAAAGUCUCAGAGUGGAUAAUGAAGAAUGGAUCUACUGAAUAGAUCUCCACUCAUAUCGACAAUAUAUAACAAACAUGAUAAAUGCAAACAUAUGAAGUAUGAAGACAUAUGAAGCCCUGUUUAUUGUUCAUGUCUCAGGGUUGUUGACUCCAUCAACAACAUGAAUUAAAACAAGGACGAAGCCAAAAACAAAACUACUGACAUAAACUGUUGCUGAAACAAACUGGAUCGUCCUCCAACCAAUCAGAGACAUUUAGUUGUAAACUAAUUAAAGUCCACAACUUAUCACCCCCAAAAAAAUCACUGGAGUUGAAGAAAAGGCAGAAAAUUAUUAACAAAUAGUCCGAAAAUGAUAGUAUUUCAUUGUGAAACGAGAAAAAGCUUCAAAGUUGAGACGUUACAUCCAUUAAUAUAAUGUGUUGCGUUGCUAUUUUUUCAUUUUUGAACAUUUAUAGAUCAAGUUUGGUUUUAUCCUCUGACAUCUUCUAAGGUUUAAUUUUCUUUUUGGUAAAACCUGCAGAUUCUUCCAGAGAAACUUUUCCACAUUCAACAUUUAUAUAUUUAUAAUAUAUAUUUAUCGAUUCAGAGCACAGAAAUAGAGUAACACAACAUGUAACAAUGCAUUGUUAGCACUUAUCUGCAGCUAUUUCUUAGCUUAAAGCCAGAUCUGAUGAGGUUAAACUCUGUAUUAAUGCCCCUCCACCCUCCACCCAGAGGAAAGAAAAUAUUCACUGAGGUCUGUUAUUUUCUAAAAUGCAACAAAAAUAUAUUUAAACUCAGUUCUUUAAAGAGUCUUCUCACCUCAGUUCAGAUCAUCAUCAUCAUCAUCAUCGACCUGUUUUAAAAUCCAUAAUUCACCCAGAAUUCCUCAUGCUGUGCCUUAUUUCUUUUUUUUUGUAAAUAAUUUCUACCUUCUUAAAAUAAUUUGCAAUAUCAGACUUUGUUUUAGAUGAGUCACUGUUAGACACAGUAAAGUGUACGUUCAGAGAUGUGACAUAUACUUCCUAUAAUCAACACUAGAGAGGUUUAUUGACUGAUUUAAAUCCGUCUGUACGUGCAGCACUUUAUUUAUUUAUGGAGUUUGAUAUAGAGCACAGCCGUUCUCGUAUCGUUGAUAAAAAUAAAUAAAUAAAUUAAAUAAAACUAAAAAAAAAAAAAACGAGAGGCGUUCGGUCCAGAACAGGGAGUCUGAAGGAAACGAUGAGCAGCGCGUGGUGGUGAACGAUAGAUGCAUGUUUCUCUGUGUGUUACCAACAAAACCCACUUGGAUAGUCGAGUUAAAGACGAUUUGUAUCAUACAAGUGUACAUUUGCAUUUUCAAUAAAUAUUUCUUUUGGAAAAACUGAAA